UAAAAGGCUCCGCCACAAGACAGAAUCUGCCCGACAAGGCUGGACGUUUGUAGGUUGUUCAGGUGUUGCGAGGAUUUUCUGUGGCACCAGCAGCGAGGCAACUUGACUAGCGCCAUCCCAGCGCCAAGACUCGAAUAAAAGUCAAAGACAGGCGCUGCCAUCAACUUCCAAAAUUUUUGUCCUUUUCUCUCUUCCAUCUCACACAUCAACAACAACCACUUUACAACCACUUUAGCUAGACAUUUGGAUUCUCACAGCGAGGAUCCUUUGACUAGCCUUUUUACAACUUUCAGCACCAGCAAGACUUGGCCGCCCCGCGAGCGACUAAGUCUUUUUUCACGCCACUCAACCCCACCGCACUCAGAUCACAGGCCAGGUCGCCAGUGAUCACCAGCCCAAACUUCGCAAUCAUGGCGGACAAAGGACUCGAAGAGAUCCCAGAGGGACAAAUCGAAUCCAACUACGAUGAAAUCACCGAUUCCUUCGAUGCGAUGAACCUGAAACCCGAGCUUCUUCGAGGUGUCUACGCCUACGGUUUCGAGCGCCCAUCCGCUAUUCAGCAACGCGCUAUCAUGCCAGUCAUCAAAGGCUCUGAUGUCAUUGCACAGGCCCAGUCCGGUACUGGCAAAACUGCAACCUUCUCCAUCUCAUGCCUCCAGAAGAUCGACCCCAACCUCAAGGCCUGCCAGGCUCUCAUCCUUGCCCCCACUCGUGAGUUGGCUCAACAGAUUCAAAAGGUCGUUGUUGCCAUUGGUGAUUUCAUGAACGUCGAAUGCCAUGCCUGCAUUGGUGGCACCAACGUUCGUGAGGACAUGAAGGCUCUUCAAGACGGCCCUCAAGUUGUGGUCGGCACUCCUGGCCGUGUCCAAGAUAUGAUCCAGCGACGCGUCCUCAAGACCGACAACAUGAAGAUGUUCAUCCUCGAUGAGGCCGAUGAGAUGCUUUCUCGAGGUUUCACCGAGCAAAUCUACGAUAUCUUCCAGCUGCUCCCUCAAUCAACCCAGGUUGUCCUGCUUUCCGCCACCAUGCCCGCGGAUGUCUUGGAGGUUACCACCAAGUUCAUGCGUGAUCCUGUCCGCAUCUUGGUCAAGAAGGCUGAAUUGACCCUCGAAGGUAUCAAGCAGUUCUACAUUGCUGUCGAAAAGGAAGAAUGGAAGUUGGACACCCUGUCUGAUCUGUACGAGACCGUCACCAUCACCCAGGCCGUCAUCUUCUGCAACACUCGGAGAAAGGUCGACUGGCUCACCGACAAGCUCACUGCUCGGGAUUUCACCGUCUCUGCCAUGCACGGCGACAUGGAACAAGCCCAGCGUGAUGUUAUCAUGAAGGAGUUCCGAUCUGGAUCAUCCCGUGUCUUGAUCGCCACUGAUCUCUUGGCCCGUGGUAUCGAUGUCCAGCAAGUCUCCCUCGUCAUCAACUACGAUCUUCCCGCCAACCGCGAGAACUACAUCCAUCGUAUCGGUCGUGGUGGCCGUUUCGGGCGAAAGGGUGUUGCCAUCAACUUUGUCACCGCCGAUGACGUCCGAAUGAUGAGAGAAAUCGAACAGUUCUACAGCACUCAAAUCGAGGAGAUGCCAAUGAACGUUGCAGGUAAGCAACACUCCCCAGUUCGUCGACUGAAUUCAUAUGCUAACUUUGCCAGAUUUGAUCUAAGCGACAACGUCCGCCGCGCGGCGUACGUCGUUUCCCUUCCUGCAUGAAAACGGCGUUUGUUGCCGCAGCACUUGUACGAGGUUCUUUGAGAAAAGUGGGAUGACGCAAGUUUUCCGACUGCUUGGCUCAAGAAUGCCGCCGUGCAAAAAGUCUUGUAAUUUCAUAUCUCACGGUACCUUAUCCUGCUAUUGCAAUGGGCAUACGAGCGCGGUGAUACCACAUGGAUGACCCUGGUGUGGUCAAGCAUGUGGCAGAUUUCGCGGGCGUUUUGCUUUUAGUCCUCGCUGGCAAAAGUUGGCUACCAUUUUCCAACUGCACAAAAGAAAUCAACGAUAUUCUCAUGUGUCAUGAAAGGAUGAUGGCAAUCUGCUUUUUUCCAUAGACAGUUAGAAAUUCAAAUUGUUCAAAAAAA